AACUACAGCCCACAACCAGACGUGUCUCUCAAAAAAUUAACCUUUAACCUCUGAGACAUCAAAAAACAUCAUGGAAAUUGCAAAUAUGUUGAAGGGCAUGUUUGUUUUUCAAUCUUUGAGGUAUGUGGGUGUUGAAUCUUUCUUAAACCCAAUUUUCUUACGUUUAAUUAGUUGUUCUUUUCACCUGGGAUUGUUCUUUGUGAUUCUUGGUUUAUGGGUUUUGAAAAAAAUCAAGAAGGAUAAUAAUGAUAACAAUGCUGACCCCAAACAGAGUACCAGGAACGUUAGGUUCAUGUACUAUAAACAAACCUUGUUUUGUUCUAUAGGUCUUGUCAUCUUUAGUUUCUUGUUAUGUUUGUUAACUCAUUUUUAUUGGUACAAAAGUGGUUGGUCAGAGGAAAAGAUUGUAACUUUUCUUGAUUUUGCAUCAAAGUUUCUAGCUUGGUUGUCAAUUUCUGUUUUCUUGAACACCAAGUUGAUUAAUUCAGGUGAAAACAAAUACCCUUUUGUUUUAAGAGUUUGGUGGGGGAUUUUCUUCUUUGUGUCUUGUUAUUGCCUAGUUAUAGACCUUGUUUAUGGCAAAAAGAUUCAAUUUUGGGUACCUGAUGUUGUUUUCACUGUUAUGGGGUUAUUCUUUUGCUUUGUGGGGUUUAUUGUUAGAAAAGAGAGUGAAGGAAACAUUCUUGAGGAACCCCUUUUGAAUGGUAGUAUUGUAAAUGGCAUAGACUCAAAGAAGUCUAGUGGGGAUCAAACUGUGACCCCUUAUGCCAAUGCUAACAUUUUUAGUCUUUUUACUUUCUCUUGGAUGAGACCCCUUAUAUCUGUUGGUUACAAGAAGGCAUUAGACCUUGAGGAUGUUCCUCAGCUUCACAGUGAUGAUAGUGUUAGAGGGAGUUUUCCGAUUUUUAGAGAAAAACUAGAAUCUGUAGGUGGUGGAGGAGAUAGUAGUAACCGUGUGACUACACUUAUGCUGGUGAAGGCUUUGAUUUACACUGCGUGGAAGGAAAUAGCGUUAUCAGCAUUCUUUGUGCUUCUCUAUACUUCGGCUUCUUACGUUGGUCCAUACCUCAUCGAUACUUUAGUUCAGUAUCUGAAUGGAAAAAGAGAUUUUGAUAAUGAAGGUUAUCUCUUAGUUGCAACAUUCUUCGUUGCAAAGUUGGUAGAGUGUUUGGCACAAAGGCAUUGGUUUUUCAAGGUGCAGCAGGGAGGGUAUCGGGCACGAGCAGCACUGGUUGCGAAAAUCUACAACAAGGGCUUAACGCUUUCUUGUCAGUCAAAGCAAAGCCAUACUAGUGGAGAGAUCAUCAAUUUUAUGACCGUUGAUGCGGAGAGGAUUGGUGAUUUCGGUUGGUAUAUGCAUGAUCCUUGGAUGGUGAUCAUACAAGUUGGUCUGGCGUUGCUGAUACUCUACAAAAAUCUUGGCCUUGCUGCAAUUGCAGCGUUUGUUGCUACAAUAAUAGUGAUGUUGUUAAACUUCCCUUUAGGGAGUUUGCAGGAGAAGUUUCAGGAGAAACUCAUGGAAUCGAAAGAUAGAAGGAUGAAGGCUACAUCUGAAGUCUUAAGGAAUAUGAGAAUACUCAAGCUUCAAGCUUGGGAGAUGAAGUUCCUCUCUAGGAUCUUGGACCUCAGAAGUACCGAGGCAGGAUGGUUGAAGAAAUAUGUGUACACAUCAGCUAUGACUACUUUUGUGUUUUGGGUUUCUCCUACAUUUGUUUCUGUGGCGGCCUUCGGUGCUGCAAUGCUUAUGGGAAUCCCACUUGAAUCUGGGAAGAUAUUGUCUGCACUUGCGACAUUUAGAAUUCUCCAAGAGCCCAUCUACAAUCUCCCAGAUACAAUUUCAAUGAUUGCUCAAACCAAAGUUUCUCUCGAUCGUAUUGCAUCUUUCCUUUCUCUUGAGGACUUGCAGCCUGAUGUCAUAGAAAAGCUUCCAAAAGGUAGUUCCGAUGUAGCUAUUGAGAUUGUUGAUGGGAACUUUGCGUGGGAUGCAUCCUCCUCCACUCCGCUUCUAAAGGAAGUAAAUCUUAGAGUGCUUAAUGGCAUGAGAGUUGCCGUUUGUGGUACUGUUGGCUCAGGAAAGUCAAGCUUACUCUCUAGCAUUUUAGGGGAGAUGCCUAAAUUAUCAGGGACUAUUAAACUCGGUGGAACGAAAGCUUACGUUGCACAGUCGCCCUGGAUACAGAGUGGAAAGAUAGAAGAGAACAUAUUAUUUGGUAAAGAGAUGCAGAGGGAGAAGUAUGAUAAAGUUCUUGAAGCGUGCUCCUUAAAGAAAGACCUGGAAAUUCUCUCUUUUGGUGAUCAAACAGUGAUAGGUGAGAGAGGCAUAAAUUUGAGCGGUGGACAGAAGCAGAGAAUACAGAUUGCACGUGCUCUCUACCAAGACGCUGAUGUUUACCUAUUUGAUGAUCCAUUCAGUGCUGUGGAUGCUCAUACUGGCACCCAUCUCUUCACUGAAUGUAUAAUGGGGCUAUUGAAUUCAAAAACAGUUCUAUAUGUUACUCAUCAAGUGGAGUUUUUGCCUGCUGCGGAUUUGAUCUUGGUCAUGAAAGAUGGAAAGAUCAGACAAGCUGGGAAAUACAAUGAUCUUCUCAAAUUAGGUAGUGACUUUAUGGAGCUUGUCGGUGCUCACCAAGAAGCUUUAACAGCAAUUGACACGGUUAAGGGAGAAGCACUGAGAAAGAGUGAGGAAAGUAGUGGAAUGACUGGCGAUAACACCACCGUGCAGGAUAAACAAACUUCAGAUGGCCAAAAUGGUAAAGUUGAUGAUAUUGUUGGACAAAAGGGACAAAUUGUUCAGGAGGAAGAAAGAGAGAAGGGUAGUGUUGGCUUUUCAGUUUACUGGAAAUAUAUAACAACUGCUUAUGGAGGUGCCCUUGUUCCAAUUGUACUGUUGGCACAAACUGGUUUUCAGCUCCUUCAAAUUGGAAGCAAUUAUUGGAUGGCGUGGGCAACCCCCGUCUCAAAGAGUGAGCCAUCUCCUGUUGGUAGUUCUACUCUCAUCAUUGUGUAUGUUGCCUUAGGAAUUGCAAGUGCUUUGUGCAUCUUCGCUAGAUCCAUACUUCUUGUUACCGCUGGAUAUAAGACUGCCUCAUUGCUUUUCCAUAAAAUGCAUCUUUGCAUUUUCCGUGCUCCAAUGUCAUUCUUCGAUGCCACUCCAAGUGGGCGGAUUCUAAAUAGAGCAUCGACAGAUCAAAGUGCAAUCGAUCUGAACGUUCCCUUUCAAGUUGGAUCCUUUGCUUUCACAAUAAUACAGCUUAUAGGAAUUAUUGCAGUAAUGUCACAAGUCGCAUGGCAGGUCUUCAUUGUCUUUAUCCCAGUCAUUGCAGUUUGCAUUUGGUUGGAGCAAUAUUACAUACCUGCUGCACGAGAACUGGCACGUCUAAAUGGAACAUGCAAAGCUCCAGUAAUACAGCACUUUGCCGAGACAAUUUCAGGAUCAAGCACAAUUAGAAGUUUUGAUCAGGAAUCUAGAUUCCAGGAUGCAAGUAUGAGAUUAAUAGACAAUUAUUCUCGGCCUAAGUUUCACACCGCUGCUGCGAUGGAGUGGCUUUGCAUGCGUUUGGAUAUGUUAUCUCUGAUCACUUUUGCUUUCGCGUUGAUUUUCUUGAUCUCUCUUCCUGUUGGAACAAUCGAUCCAAGUGUUGCUGGCUUAGCUGUUACAUACGGACUUAAUCUGAACGUACUGCAAGCUUGGGUUGUAUGGAAUCUUUGUAUGAUGGAAAAUAAAAUAAUUUCCGUUGAAAGAAUACUUCAGUAUACUGGUCUUCCAAGUGAACCUCCUCUUAUCAUAGAGUCUAAUAGACCAGCUCCUAAUUGGCCAUCUUGUGGAGAGGUUGAUUUUAGCAAUCUUCAGGUCCGAUAUGCUCCACACAUGCCUCUCGUGUUACGAGGACUUACAUGCACUUUCUUUGGUGGGAAGAAGACUGGAAUUGUUGGUAGGACAGGCAGUGGUAAAUCGACUCUAAUACAGACCCUCUUCCGCAUAGUUGAUCCUGUUGCUGGACAAAUAAAAAUAGAUGGUACCAACAUCUCCUCAAUUGGUCUGCAUGAUCUGCGGUCUAGAUUGAGUAUAAUUCCACAGGAUCCGACUAUGUUUGAGGGGACUGUACGCAGCAACCUAGACCCGCUUGAAGAGCAUUCAGAUGAUCAAAUUUGGGAGGCGCUCGACAAAUGUCAACUAGGAGAUGAAGUUAGGAAGAAGGAAGGCAAACUAUAUUCUACAGUAUCUGAGAAUGGAGAAAACUGGAGCGUAGGCCAAAGGCAGCUGGUCUGUCUUGGCCGCGUCCUACUCAAAAAAAGCAAGGUCCUUGUCCUAGACGAGGCUACAGCAUCUGUCGACACUGCAACUGAUAACCUAAUUCAGCAAACUCUAAGGCUGCACUUCACUGAUUCCACAGUUAUAACCAUUGCUCAUAGGAUUACAUCUGUACUUGAUAGUGACAUGGUCCUACUAUUAGAACAGGGGCUCAUUGCUGAAUAUGACACUCCAGGCAAGUUAUUAGAGAAUGAAUACUCGUUGUUUGCCAAGCUAGUGGCUGAGUAUAGUAUGAGAUCAAAUUCAAGUUUUGAGAACGCUUCAGACACGUGAGUCUCACACACUAAUCUUCGUUGACCACGUUGCACGUUGAUGAUGAUGAUGAAAACUAGGUGACUCUAAACCAGUAACAUAUACUUUACACUGUUUUGAGUUUCCAUCCGUGGACGACAUAGCUUGAACAAGAACCGACCAAAUGCAGCUCAUUGCCUGUGACUUGAGGGAAACUGCAACAAUCUAAUGGCAGGGAAAGAAGUACAUCUAUUUGUGCAAUAUUGAUAGUGAAAUGGCAUCUCUCUUUUGUUUUUUUUUAGACUUUUAAGUAACUUAUGUUUACAAUAAUUUGAAUGUAUGUUAAGUCAAGUGAUUAGUUAGUUAAAGAGUGCACGGAUUUUGCUCUUUCUUGAUAAAAGUAGCAACUUUUUGUGUUGAGUUGAAAGUGAAAUUCCAAGUGUGCAAUUUUUCUCUACAAGCAAAAAUGAAACACCCUUUUACAAUAAA